GAGCUCGGACCGUCAACACAGCAUGCUGCCCCGAGGUGUCUUUGUCUUGCUGGCCUGUGCACCGGUCAUUGCCGCUGUGUUCACCGAGGCGGCGGCCUGCUCCAAGCAGGAGUACCAGUGCAGCAGCGGGCAGUGCAUCGACGCGGCCAGGCGGUGCGACGGCCAGCGGCAAUGCGACGACGGCAGCGACGAGGCGGAGGCGGCGUGCGCACACACGCCCACCCUGGAGCUCCCCGUCGGCAACGUGGUGACGGUGCGGGUCCAGAGGAAGGCGGAGCACCGCGAGGUGGAGUUCCACCUGUGCGGCAGCGUGGGCUGCAACGGACUCCUGGUGGCGGGGUCCUCCCCCAACAAGUCCCUGUCCUACAUCGCCUACGUCGGGGAGAACGAGAGGGGCGACUUCGGCAGAAAGCACCACGAGACGUUCGAGGACGACCUGAAGGGCUGGAGCUGGUUCCGUGAGGGCCAGGUGGUGCUGGAGGUGGCCCACCGGCCCAACGAGCUGGCAGUGUGGCUGCCGGGCCACCCCGACAAGCCGGCCGUGGUGCCCGUGCAGGAGCCCAGCGACAAGCUCAUCGUGGUGCCUUUCAGGUGGAGGACCGACAUGCCCGUCGAGUUCCUCGGCAACAACGCGGCCUGCAGCGACACGGAGGUCCGGUGCCUGGACCACGGCGACUGCAUCGACCCGGCGCGUCGCUGCGACGGCAGGAAGCACUGCGGCGACAACAGCGACGAGGACCGCGCCGUGUGCGACGCUGCCCCCGCCACCGUGCUCCCCGUCGGCAACGUGGUGACGGUGCGCGUGGACCGGAAGGCCAGCCACCGGGACGUGGAGUUCCACCUGUGCACCAGCACCAACUGCAGCGUGGUGUACGUGGCCGGGCACGACCCCUUCUACAACCUGUCCUACAUCGCGUUCUCCAGGGCCAACGCGCGCGGCGACUACGGCUACCACCACGCCGAGUCGUUCGAGAACGACCUGGAGAGCUGGCGGUGGUUCCCCGAGGGCGAGCAGGUGUUCGAGGCGCAGCACCGGCCCAAGGAGCUGGCCGUGUGGCUGAAGGGCCACCCCGACAAGGUGGCCACGGUGCCGGCGGAGGACAAGAAGAACAUGCUGCUGCGCGUGGUGCCGCACAAGUGGCGCACGGACAUGCCCGUCACCUUCCAGGGCAACGCGCCGGCGUGCGCGGACCGCUCGGACGUGCGCUGCGGCGACGGCAAGUGCGUGGGCGCGGCGCGGCGCUGCGACGGCCGCAGGGACUGCGCCGACGGCAGCGACGAGGACGCCGCGAACGGCGACAAGGCCGCCAUCGAGUCCGUGCCCUGGCACGCCGGCAUCUUCAUCCAGGUCGACGGCCGCCUGCGGAACGUGUGCGGCGGCAGCCUCGUGUCGCCCUGCGUCGUCGUCACAGCUGCGCAUUGUGUCCCUGAAGGAAAGAUUUUCGUCGCCCUGGGCAAGUUUCUCAGCGGCUGGGAUUCCGAGUCCGGGAAAAAUAUUCACAGGACCGAGGCGAGGAGAAUCACCAAGCACCCCUACUACAAGGGCCACGCCUCCAAGCUGGUCUACGACAUCGCGGUGCUGGAGCUUCAGACGUGCGCCCCCAUCCACGACAAAAUUUCCCCCAUCUGUAUUGAUCCGACCGUCAAACCCGUCUCCUCAGCGGACAUUAAGAUCGCCGGCUGGGGCAACGAGACCACAGUCCUGACGGAGCUGCAGUCGGUGACGCUAACGCAACUCAACUUCGAGGACUGCCUCAACGUCAUGUCCAGCAACGGGCAGCAGGUCGCCUACGUCACGCACGACAAGUUUUGCGCGACGCGGAAAAAGGGCGUCCCCAAGUCGGGCCUCCUGCAGGGCGACAGCGGCGGCGGCGCGCUGGUCAAGCAGGCCGGCUCCUGGUUCCUGUCCGGCCUCGUGUCGGCCCGCCUCAGCGACGAGGACGGCGGGGACGUGUACGCGCUCACCAACGUGGCGGUGUACGUGGACUGGAUCAGGACUUUCGUCAGGCAGUGA